AUGUAUUAAUUAAUUGAAAAACUUAAUUCAAAAAAUUUAUAUUAAGGAAAAGUAAUCUUGAGUUUAAUAUUGGGAUUAUAACACAAACUUUAAAGAUCUUUUUAAAUCAAUAAUAUCAUUUAUAUGGUUAAAUUCAACAAACAAUCUCAAACUUACCCUAAAGACAACAAGAGCAAUACAUGUAUACAAUAUUUUGUAUUUUAGAAACUCGAGACACUAUAGAAAGUCUUGAUUAAUGUGUUAUCACAAUAGACAAAGUAGGCCCUCAUUAAGAAAAUUGUACCAUUUGUUAUAAAUAACUUUGCUCUAAAUGCUUUAAAUAAUUAGAACUCUUCUCCUAAAAAAGAACUUAGACUUUUUAAUGUCCACAUUGUGAAGAAUUAAAGGAAUUGAAAAAUACUAUCCUAUGCUUUAUAGUAAAUACACUCUAAUUGAUUCUUUUCCUAUCUCUCUCACCUCUAGUGGCAUUUGCACUAGCUCUUAAUAAAACUGAAAAGCUUAUACAAGAAAUAGAAACAAAAAUUGAUAGCAUUUUCAUAAUUUUGAUUGUUAACUUACUUUUUAGCAUACCUCUAUACUUUGGAGAACUAAUAAUUUGUAUUUUCAUUGCUCCUUUCAAAAUAAUCUAUGCAUUUCAAAAAGCCAUGAGUCAAAGGGACUUUGUAAUUAUGAAAAGAGUGUUCUCGUUAUAAUGA